ACUUAUUACUAAUAAUUCCUACUACUAUUGUCUAUAUUUAAUCAAUAGUAUAAAUAUAUAAAUUAUUUAAAUAUUUAUUGAAAGUUUCAUAGUUCGGUUAAUUAUUGUACUCUAGGUUGGCUUAAUAACCUUGCAUCGUUAGAAAAUUAUUAUAUUUAAUCGUCUUUAAAAAUAAGUGCAAUCCUUUUUAACGCCUGUUUUAACUGAUCAAUCACUCCCGUCAUUGUACAAUACUCAUACAUUCUUCCAUCAUUACCAUUUCUCUUCAAUCUCGCACUGUUAGUGGAUACGUAAUACAGUUUCAAUCGUUUUAACAAUUACAAUAAUUUGUGCUACAAUCUUGGAUCCAACACCAACAUCAAAGGAUUGUAGAAUAGGGAAUUUUUCUACCCUCUAUAUGAAGAAAGUUGUAAUAGAGUUCUAAAAAGUGUUGCAAAGUAAAACAAACGUGUUAGAAAUUUCGUAUUGUUUUUAUACUCGAAUAGUGAAUUAAACAAGUUGAUUUUAAUGUAAAUAAGUUCUUCGCAAGAAGACCAACCAGCCGCCACCAUUGAGGAAGUUCUAGAUUACGAUUUUGAGUUCAGCGACGAAAACAUGAUGUCCAACGGAUUGGAUUCGGGGGUUGUUGGACAACAAAAUGGAGGAAGCGGAGGUCAAGUCGGUGGAGGUCAAGAAGAAUCCAAGACGAAUCUCAUCGUUAAUUACCUACCCCAAACCAUGACACAGGAAGAAAUCCGGUCACUCUUUUCCAGCAUCGGAGAAGUCGAAAGUUGCAAGCUGAUCCGCGAUAAAGUAACAGUGCCUGGGGUUAUCACUAGUCCAUUGCUUACAGGGCAAUCACUUGGUUAUGGUUUCGUAAACUACCACAGACCAGAAGACGCCGAAAAAGCAAUCAAUACGCUGAACGGAUUAAGAUUGCAGAACAAGACAAUUAAGGUGUCAUACGCACGGCCCAGUUCCGAGGCUAUCAAGGGUGCUAACCUGUACGUCUCGGGACUCCCGAAGAACAUGACCCAACAAGAUUUGGAAUCCCUGUUCAGUCCGUACGGUCGUAUAAUUACAUCGCGCAUUUUAUGCGACAACAUAACCGUACGUCAAUUUGUCACGGGGGCCGGAGAGAAUUUGCCUGGCCUGUCGAAAGGAGUAGGUUUCAUCCGUUUCGACCAACGUCUAGAGGCAGAACGAGCAAUCCAGGAACUCAAUGGUACCAUUCCCAAAGGCUCCACCGAACCUAUCACAGUCAAGUUCGCCAACAACCCGAGUAACAACAACAAAGCCAUUCCUCCAUUGGCAGCUUACCUUACUCCCCAAGCCACGCGCCGUUUUGCUGGCCCCAUCCACCACCCAACGGGACGAUUCAGGUAUUCUCCGCUGGCCGGAGACCUGCUGGCCAACUCCAUGCUACCCGGAAACGCUAUGAACGGUUCCGGUUGGUGCAUUUUCGUGUAUAACCUCGCUCCAGAGACAGAAGAGAAUGUUCUCUGGCAGUUGUUUGGCCCGUUCGGAGCCGUCCAGAGCGUCAAAGUGAUCCGUGAUCUGCAGACGAACAAAUGUAAAGGUUUCGGCUUCGUUACGAUGACCAACUAUGACGAAGCCGUAGUAGCCAUCCAGUCGCUAAACGGUUACACGCUGGGUAACCGUGUCCUGCAGGUCAGCUUUAAAACGAAUAAAAGUAAAACUACAUAGAGCGACGUUUAGUCAACACCAGCGCACUCGCUGGACGUUGCGCAUGCCGCGCCAAUAUUUAAACAUUAUUUAUUAUUUAUUGUUCACUGUUCGUGUAAAUUAUACGGGCUCUAUGUAGGUAAUUUAAUGCGCGGACGUGCGACAGCGUCCAGCGAGAACGGGGGCGCCCGCCAAAAGCGCACCUCCCUAUAUAAUAACUUAGUACUUAUAAAAAAAGAUACGAAGCUAGUCAGAAGUGCAUUCGCGUUUCCUAUAGCAAAGAUUUCUACGGUCUGAUUUUUUUUUUCUAUAAAAUUGUGCCAUCACCAUUUAUUGACAUGUUGGGAACUCGCCCAAAGAUUCAUGAUAGCUAAACAAUAUAUAUUUACAUAUAGUAUUUAUUAUUAUAUAAUUUCGUAAUUAUUAAUUGGUUAGUAUAAUUUAUGUAUUUAUAUGUAGUGUUUUGUGUAUUCUUAAAUUGAGACUAGUCGCAUCAACAACAGCCACGCUCUUGUGGAGCAUUCUCAUUAGUUUGGUGGCGUUGUACCGUUGUAUUUGUAAUUUGUGUUCGCGGACGGCCGUGGCGGCGAGGGCUGACUUUAAAUAAAAUAAAUAUAUGUGUAUAUUUGCUUAGUUAUGUCUGCAUGUGAUAGGUGAUGGGCACCAAACUACAUGUUAUGUAAUUAUUACUAUUGGGUAGACGAACAAGUUGUAAAAUUUCAAAAAAAAUAUUUCUGAACCCGACUAUGCUGAGAAGCGUGAUGACUAGACGCGGACGCAGACGCGGCAUGGACGACUGAAAAAAAAAACACACAGUCACACCCUCACCGCACCGGUGCUCCGUUUAUUCUUAUUUGUGUGUUGUGUUUAAUUUCACGUUUACCGGAUUUCUAACACCCUCAGCUUUCUGAUAGAAGAAAAUUGCGUGGUUUUGCUUUGAAAUGCCAUCAAAUAAGCGACGGCAAUGCUUUAGCGAGACCACAACUUAUCCCGUUAAUUUAUUAUUUAUUUAUGAUUUUCUUUUCUUUUCCUUUUUUGGGAACGGAACGGAGGUUCCGUGCCGAGUUUGUCUUAUACUUUGUUAAUUUUAGUUUUCCGAUUAUUUUAACGACUUGGUUCAUUUAAUUUAUUUUCAAUAUAAAUUUAAUUAAAGUUACUUUAUGAUUUUGUUUUAAUUUUUGGUUUUAUUACGAUUCCUGUGUUGUGAUGUCUCACGGUGUUCGCUGACGUCGAUGCAACAUGCUACUACGCAUUGCACAAGCGACGCGACUGCGGCGGCAUCGAUCGCUGACGUCGCGCCGCCUCUAACCACCUUCAGACUAACCAGCCACUUCCACUAAAGAAUCACUUUAUUUUUAUAAAACACUCGUACCUUGAGAUCGGAUAAUAAUGAGUAUAUCGAUACAUAUUUUAUAAAGCAUGCUAUUAACAAUGGCAGACUGUGUUUUGGCAUUUUGAUCAGGACCAUUGCCACUUCAUUAUACCUUUAUUGCAUGUAUCGUCGGUUUGAUAAAUAAGCGAAACGCACACGCCCGCCCGGCAGCGCAGAAUACGAACAUGUACAUAGAAAUUAUAAGUUUGAUCGAACUAGGCAAAUAAGUACAAUUAUAAGGCGAGUCUUGAUAGCUUUAUUGGGCAAGCAAGAACGACUAGCAACCAGGCGAGGGAGUGCAGCGGUCUCACUCUAAUACCAUACCACCAUAGAUAACCCACGGACCUCGACCACCGCCCGGGAUGUCAGAACAGAUCACAAACCAUUUCCAAAUUCCAAGUUUGCUAUAAAUAUGUACCCAGCCGAACAGCGUUCUGGCGCGGUGCUACGAUGCACUGUUCCGAAACUAUACGCCGAAACAAACACCGCGAUAGAACGCCUCCUCUUUCCUGCUAAACCCUUACGCGGGUCUCUCAAAAACACCCCGAUUUGUAAAUACCAAUAUUUUGGAUUCGCAUCGUUUCGGUCGAUCACGGGCAAGCAUCUAUUGUGACCUGGAUAAUCGCGAGUGUGACAUCAUGCCAGAGGAAACCUGAUACACCAAGAGAGAGCUUUUGUAGACGCGUUGCUUUGUUUCAUUAUCGGAAAUUCAACCUGUACCAAACGUCCGACUUUUUUUGUUCAACGAGGAGGGAGAGAGCGAGAUCGUCUACGAAACUUGAGAGACAGCGAGCGUGAAAGAGAGAGAGAGGGAGAAAGUGAGAUAGUUGUGCUUUCAUGGGACCAUGAUGUUUUAGAGAACACUCGGAAGGAUCUGAUGGUUUUUAUUUUAAUUUUUUUUUAAUUUCGUGACAUAUCUUCGACAGGAGGAACGAUGAUAACGCACAAAAAUGUUGUUGUUUUUGAGUAUUUGCGUAAGGUCGCGAGUCGUUUUCUGUUCUGAUGUCCGGAAUUGGGGCGGUGCGUCGAUCUGUGAAGUAGAGAUAGAAUCGGUAAUACGGUGCAAAUGGAAAUGCCCCCCGUUUGUGAUAGCCGCGAACGCGCGAGCGGACCCGGGCCUAUUUGCGGGGGGCUCCCGAGGUCCAUUCCGGUGCGGUCUUAGAAAUAUCGGAUAGUAUUAUAAUGUAGAUAGGGAGAAGAGAGGGAAGCGAAAAGACCGCGACCAUCGCCGCGAACUCCACUGCAAACGCGUACGGGUCGACGUACAAUCUUUGUAUACAGUCUAAGUCAGUAUAACAGUUAGUGUUCCGAGCACAAACUAGUGACGUAGGUGAUGUUAUUGGUUACUCUGGCCUAAAUCGAAACUCGUGUAGACUAAUUCCAUUUACAGAACAACGAUCUAUUUCAAAUGAUAUUAUAUGUCUAUCAGCAAUGCUUGUUUACCAUUCUUAGCUUCUAUUUGGCUAGCCAUUUGCUAAAUAUACCGCUUAACUUUUUUAAUCAUUGUACUAUAUUGAUUGAUAUUAUUCUGAUUAUUAUUAUGUAUUAUUACGAGAUAUUCUAUUAUGGUCAUGAUUGAUUAUUAAGUACUUAUUAUGGAUUACGUAUAUCACUAUUACGUAUCUCUACAUAAGGGUUAUCUCUUUGUGUGUUGUGUAGAUCUCUAGCGUAAGUGUAAUAUAGUACAUAUUCCUAUUGGUUACUUUCUCUAUGUGUGUAGCUGUUGUGUUGCGGGCGGGCGACCCGGCGUAAUGCGCAUGCGCGCCGUGACCUCAACGCCGAGACGCUCGCCCUGGAUGCGGGUUCGCCCGAUCCCGCCCGGCGCCAAGCAGGGCUAUAGCUCAAAUAUUGUUGUGACGAGAUGCAUUCCAUUAUUAAAAAACCACUGAUUGAUAUAUACAUAUAUUAUAUACUCAUACUUAUAUUCUAUCUGUUUUGAUAAAAAUGGUGGUUAUUAUUAUUAUAAAUAUCGAGUGCAAAAGUUAUAUGUACAGAGGUUAUAUUAUUAGGAAGUACAGUACCUCAUAAACUGUAAUUCAUGCAAUAACUUAUUAUAAGAAAGUUCUUAUUACAAUAUACUUAGCUUUAGUAUAAGAGGCGAGGUUUGUAAGAUCUUUUGCUCUACACUACCUUGCGGCGGAGGGUCGCGCUGACGCGGAUCGCGUGCGGCUCGGCCGUCCGUCUUCCCUCCUCGUGCCGCGAGUCUUCUUAAAGGAAAAAGGAGUCGGACAGGCGGUGCGCAGCUGUGCUGUCGGAUCCCGGCAAGGAUGGAAGGUGACAAGUGAUCAAGUGAUUGACGAUGACGACAUAUCAACAGACCGACUCCCGACACGGUGCACCCAUCAAGCCCCGCUGAUGGAACUGAACUGAUUCCCUAAUAUUACCGAAAUAAUUUACUGUAAUUAAUUAAUAGCCGAGCAACCGUUCUAGUAGUCGUACAUCACAUACCCUAACAAAAAAAAAAAAACAAUAAAUAAUUUUAAAACAAAUUUACCGCAAGGUCGUAUCAUAUAUUAUUAGUAGUAGUAGUCGGAAGACGCGGUCAUCGCCGUAGCCUAGCCGUACUACAAACAAGAAAAGAUCUCUGUGUUUCCAACUUUUAGUUACAUUUAUUAACUUAUUAUUAUACUUAAUAUUUAAACUGUUCAUUGUCUUUUAUUGCUUAUUGUCCAGUGUCACAUGCUGCAUUUGUGUGUAUUAUUGUCAUUUGGUGGUUAUUUGUAAUCUAUACCUAUUUAUUGUAUCAGUAAUUGAUAUUAGAUAUUGAGUAUUAGUUGAGUCGCCGUAGAGAUUCGGGAUUGUAUCAUCGAGCAGACGGUAAAACGGUCUCCGUGCAGUGUUUAGUUAUUUGAUUGAUUGAUGUCGAUUAGCUUGUUUCGGAUUUGCUUCGAUUCGGUUCAGAUUCACGUUCGAUUGGGUUUCUUUAUAAGAAAGGCUGUGGAAGCUGGGAACCAGGUCAUCGGAUAGUGCGGACAGUAGGCUAAAUAUGUAAAGUACACUGGCACUGGACACUGGCAAAUACUAAGUAUGCAAGUGUAAUCGCAUCGCCAUUGCGUUGCAGACAGGACAACUCUUAUAUUACACACAAUGUUAUUGUGUAUUCCAGGCUAGAAGUCGGUGUAAUGCAAUAUUUGUACUUUUCCAUGUUGACAAAACUCAAUACAAUAAAGUAUAAAAGCUACAUUAA